AUGAAUUAUAAUGGAUAUUCAGUUAUUUUGUCGACAUUGAAAUUACAAGGAUCGUUGACAAGACCACAGAUUUGGCAUUUGGUUAGACAGAGCAAUCUAUUUCAAUCGUCACUCAACUUUAAGAGUAAAUUGGAUACUCUGCUCAGCACAGAGAGAAUCAAUAGAACAUCAGAGUAUCAAUACGAUGCCAAGCGUGCCAAACAACAAAAGGAAUUGGAAGAACGUAAAUCAAAGAUCGUCGAAAUCAAGAUACAAGAAAAGAAGAAGAAAGACGAUCAAGAACAACAAAGAAUACAACAUGCUUUGAAAAAGAGUUCAAAAAUGUAUAAAAAUUAA